UUCGGAGCUAAGCUGACACUCAGCUGAGACGCUGCGUUCAUUUUGACUUGCAAGAGUGUUCCAAGUCGUCUCUUCUUCCACUUGUUCAACGCUCAACGUUCACGUCGCGUCUUGCCGCGUCGCUAAUAAAACCCAAAAAAAAAAAAACAAAUUAAUUCGGCCUUAGCUGUCAACGAGGAGCACUUUCCAUCACAACCAGGACAAUGCAGGCCGUGCACAAAACUGCACAGAGGAGCAAGUGGCUGCUGCUGCUGCUCUCAAUGCUACUCAAUGCUGCAUUGCAACCACGCGCUUUUGCCGUAAAUGCCACAGAGGAUAUUGGCAAUGUAUCGCCUUGCGAAAUGGAGUCGAUAAUAAAUCAACUCAUGAAUCCCAGCCCGGAGUAUCAGCUACACGCAUCCGCUUUACGUAACCAACUUAAGAAUCUGCUGCGAGAACGUCAACUGGCUGUGGGCGAAGAGCAACCAUUGGGCGAUUACUCUGACUACUUGGACGAGGAUAAGCGUUCGGUUGCCGCCUUAGCUGCCCAGGGAUUAUUAAAUGCACCCAAGCGUAGCCUUGCCACAUUGGCCAAGAACGGACAACUGCCCACGGCCGAGCCGGGAGAUGAUUAUGCCGAUGCCGAGUCCGGUGAGCCCAGCGAACAGAAGCGUUACAUUGGAUCCCUGGCCCGAGCUGGUGGUCUGAUGAGCUUCGGCAAACGUAAUGUGGGCACCUUGGCACGUGACUUCCAGCUGCCCAACGGAGCUGGCAAACGCAAUCUGGCAACCAUGGCCCGUCUCCAGAGUGCACCCACUUCGCAUCGGGAGCAACCCAAACGCAAUGUCGCCGCCGUGGCACGCUACAACUCGCAACAGCAUCAGAAUCAACGCAGCGCUGCCGAGAAACGUAAUCUGGGUGCUUUAAAGUCAUCCCCGGUGCAUGGAGCACAGCAGAAGCGGGACGAGGAGGAGAUGCUAUUGCCUGCUGCCGCUCCCGACUAUGCUGAUGCCAUGCAAAGCUACUGGUGGUAUCCUAGCUAUGCUGGCUACGCUGAUCUCGAUUGGAAUGAUUAUCGACGUGCCGAGAAGCGUUUCCUAGACACCUCGAAGGAUCCCGAAUUGUUUGGCAUUGAGCAUGGCAAUGAUGCUGAUGUUGCCAAUGCAGAGGACGAUGCUGAUGCUGAUGCCGUUGCCGCUGCAGAGGAGCUGGAGGAGCAACAUGAGCAGCAGACAGCGUUGCCACAGAAGCGUCACAUUGGCGCCGUAUAUCGAUCUGGCUUUCUGCCCAGUUACCGUUAUCUGCGCAGCCCCACCGGCAGCACCGGAGGUGGCUUCGACGGCGCCAGGGGACGCUUUAGUCGCUCGGGACGUGCCAGGCAAUUUGUCGAGUACUACCCCCAACACGAGCGACUGCGUCAACCAAUCGCAGCCGUUUGUAAACGAUGUUUCCUACCCAAUCGACCGAUGAUGAACUGGAGCGGUGCUGGCAUACGCGGUCGUCUGUCCAAAAUCUAUGCGGAUCCCAUUGAGUCAGCCAGUUCAUCGGCAGCGAUUGCUGCACGCCAGCGCAGCAUCUCAACAAACUCGCUGCCCAGUGGACCGGCCGCCAUCUCCCGCGGUCCCCCAUCUUAUCCACCCUUCCACUCGUGGGGCACUCCGCCGCGUAUUACAGCACUGCAACGAGGCGUCUAUCGACGCAACGGUGAGUCCAUGGACAAAUACGAAUACUAAACACAACAAGAUUUAUUAAGACAAUACUAUAUAAUCGAACUAUACAAUAACGAAACAGUAUUAUAUCACAUACAAGAUAAUGGUUAUUAACGGUUAAUUAUAGAGUAUUUUCGAUUUUCGAUUUACGAUUUACGAUUUACGACUUACGAUUUUCAAUGUACUACGAGUAGUUCUUGUCACCGUCACACACACACCUGCAGCACUCGCGGCUACACAGAGCAAAUGUGAAAUUUGAAAUGAACUUUGCGCGUAGUUUCGGUGCCACCCAAUACGUAUAGAUGCGUACCAUAAAUAUUUAUGUAUAUCUUAAUAUCAAUGUAAACUGGGUAACUGAUGUCACAGUGCAAAGCAAAAGAACGUUUAAAUAUCAAUACUUAACUAAACCAUAUCGAAACUAUAAAAAUCCUAAAACAAAACCAAAAAACAGAAACGAAAACCCAACUGCAAAUUAGUGCCAAUGCCGUUAUUUGGACACAAAGUGUUUAGCUUGAAUCCUUUUUGAAAUAUUUUCAACUCCCUACAGAUUGUUUUAUUAUAAUUAUUAUCAUUAUUAUUAUUAUCAUUAUACAUACGUGUGUAGUUCAAAAUGACAAUAAAAAUGUACCAGCGUUAUAAGUCGAAUAACGAACGAAAGUAUGUUAUGAUAUUAGUACUCGUAUAUACGAAAGAGAAUGUUGGAAGAAAAACUGCGUCAAAGACAAUAAUUAAGAAACUUUGAGAAGAUUUCAGCGAAACAGACAAUAAUUGAAUUGACAAUAAGAUAUCGAGCAGAAAAAUGUACUCAAUCAUUUUAAACAUUUCUUUGUCAUAUAACAAAAAAUAACCACAAAAAAAUAAGAGAAACAAUUAUAUAAAUCCUAAAUAAAAAAACAUAUUCAAUGUGCGUAAUUAUAAGUCUGAUGUUGUCAAUAUUUAACUUAAAUAUUUAUUUCCGAUUUCACGUAUUCCAAAUGCAAAAAAUAAAACUGAAAACAAAGAAUAAAUACUGUAUUUAGAUCUAUAUUAUAUAUAUUUUAAAAUAUAUAUAUAAUAUACAUAUUUACUUCGUUUAUCUAUACAUGUAUCUUUGCAUAAAACAAGAGGAUGCUCAACGCGAAAUGGCGCUGUAAAAUAUAGUACACACCUAACAAGAUGUUAUAUCUAUAUACAAAUUAUAUGAAAUACCUAAAAUAAUACUAACAAACAAUAUAUAUAUAUACAUACUUAUUAUCAGUUUGCUCCUAAACUACUGAAUUAU